AAAAAAUUAAGUUACCCUGUGGUUGUUCACCCAUGACUAGCUUUUGUUUAACUAAAAAAUUAGAUUUUUUGAAGUGUCUAAAUCUUGGAAAAUUAUCGUAUUAUGGCAGCACGCUCGGUUUUCAAACUAAUUACUAAAACGUGUUCCUACACCUUAAAUCCAUCAUAUCCAUCUACAAUUUCUUCGGAAAAAUACUGCCGAAAAGGGCAUAGAUCAUACUCGCAACCUCCCAAACACCAGUUCCGGCGAAAAACAAGAGAAAAUUUUUACCAGUUGCGAAAACUGUCUAAAUCCUUGCAGAAUCUGAGAGAAAGUCGGGUCAAAGAGGAAGAUUUUGAAGAGUUGGACGUUGAGGAAGACAAAUCUAACCGCUUCAAUGCUGCUCCUGUGACAAUAGAUACAAGUUUUCGGGAAACGGCCAAAGAAUUCAAGGAAAAAUAUGUCCCUGAAGAGAAAAACGAUGAAGGGUAUCCGAUCUACGAGUUGGCUGAAUGCUCUCGUAGCGAGGAAAAUUACUACGACGUUCUUAACCAUUUGAAGAAAAUGGAAGAUAUCAAAGUAAAUCGGUUAUUCUCCCACUUGCAACCGUGUAAUAUAAAACCGUAUGGCUCAACUGAUAACCUUUUCUACCCGGAAUUUUACAAGAAAAAAGUCRAAAUUGUGUAUCCAGGUGCUCCCAAAACCGGUGAAAGUGAACCAAGUCGUCGAAAGUUUGACGGAAUUCAAUACAAAGAAUUUAGUAGUUAUAGACUGCAAAAGAAGGAGUCUGCUGGACAUGAAGAAGGAAAAAAAAUAACUCUUGGUGAGAGAAGCUCGUCUAAAAUGAUCAAUAAAAAGAACUACAGUACUUCCUGYAUGAAACUAAAGAAAGGUUUACCGAAAUCGGGAGUGGAAUUAAAAGGGCCUAAACUAACAGUUUCGAAAAGUUUGACUCGAAGAUCUAGCACAGUUCUCUUAAAGAAAAAGCAAAAGGAAUCGAAAAAUAGCCAAUUAGACGCAAUCAUUAAAAGUAACAUGGCGACUCUCGAACAACUUACUAAAAAAAUUAACGAAAACAAAACCAAAAGACAAAUCCGUGAAAGUUUUUGCAAACCCCAGUCUUCUAAUCCCAGUGAUAAAGAGUGGAGUCGCAGUUACAACACUUACAAUAAACCAACAGAUCUCAAUUGCAACGAUUACGUGACUGUUAAACUAAGCGAGUUGAAGGAAGAAUGCCGAAGAUUGAAAAAAUGCAAACCAAAAAAAAUUUGUUUUGGUCGUCUUCCGAAAUUAAAUCCCCCUGAUUGUCCUUGCAUUGACGAUGUUCCAUUGAAAGAAGGUAAACCUUUAAUACGCAUCAAGAAGCGUUUUGAUGUUAAAGAACCCGGAAACUUAUGCGAAUCGGACUUGGUGUGUACUACUCCUCGAGCAGAUGACAAUUACAAAAUCGUUCCGAAAACGCUUCCGGUUAUUCAUCCUCAAGAGUGUCCAUGUGAAGAACGCGAAAUGACCGAUUUUGUCAUUAAGAGACUUCCUAAGAAGAAAAUUYCCGAACCUAAAAGAAUUUGYCCAUGUCCUGAGGAAGUAUGUUGUCCUCCUCGAGCCGACGCAAAGUACAAACCGAAGAAAAAGCCUUUACCUAAACUAAAACCAAAUAAUUGUCCUUGUAUYGAAGARAUUCCCAUGAAAACUGUUCCUUUGCWUAGGCUGAAGGCAAAACCGAUUAAAGAACCGGCGAAAAAAUGCCCGGAAAUGCACACUUGUGCUGAAGUUGAAAGAGCCGAUGAUGGUUUAAAAGUAGAACAAAAAGUUUUACCAAUUAUUAAAAGCGACUGUGUUUGCGUGGAACCUCCACCACUUGAGCCAGGCCCUCCGUUACCUCGUUUACCCAAAUUUAAAUACGUGGAAAAACCGAGAGAACCUUGUGAUUUUUCUUCUUGUUUUGAUGCCGUCCGUGCUGAUGGCGAUUUGAAAGUGAAGGCGAAGAAACUUCCGGUUUUUGUGCCCCAAAACUGUCCUUGCAAAGAAGAGGAAAUACCUGAUGCCCCAGUCAAGAUAAAAAGGUUAAAAAUGCGACAUAUUCCUAAAGAGAAGAAGAAGGUUUGCGUGGAGGAAGUUUGUGGUCCGCGUGCCGACGAUGGAAUGAAAAUUAAACCAAAGCAACUUCCGGUUUUGGAACCUAAAGAGUGUCCUUGCAUUUCGACAGAAAUGAAAGAUUCACCUCCGUUGAAAAAACUGGUUCCAAAACCAGUACAUGAACCUCCAAGGCCGUGCUUAAUUGUAACCGAGUGUACAACACCUCGAGCUGAUGAGAAACUUAAAGUUAAAAAGAAAUCUUUACCGGUUUUGCCGCCAGGAGCUUGCCCCUGUAUCGAACCAGAGCCUCCACUUGAUGUCAAACCGUUGAAGAAGUUGAAAAAGAAACCAGUGACUUUUAAGAGAGUUUGCAAAGUUGAAGAAGAAUGCACCACUGAAAGAGCCGAUGAAAACCUUAAAGUAAAAGUUAAGAGAUUGCCGAAAUUGGAUGUUCCUGAUUGUCCUUGCAUCGAACCUUCGCCACCGGAAGACAUCAAGCCUUUGGCAAGAUUGAAGAAAGUUCACAUUCCGGAGCCUCCAAGACCUUGCCCUGUGGAUAAUAUUUGUGAUGAAGCAACAAGAGCUGACGAGGAUGAUUGGUUGUAUUGGAAAAGAGUAGAAGUUAAACCUGCCGAAUGCGAACCAAAAAAGACCAACAAAAGAAGUUUUAGUACUAUUGCGAGAAGAUAUUAUGGUACUAGUACUAAAACCAAUAUUGAUUUGUUUCAACUCAAAUAUGAUGUUCCUCAACUAUCAACAAGUGAAUUUAGGGCCAAAUCAUAUAACAUUAUUAUUGAUAUCAAGCCUUCGGCACCUUUGAUUUUGACUCAACAGCCAUUGAAAAGUAACCAAAUUGAUASUUUUGAUUUGAGUUUGAGUCGGAASAGGUCAAAACGUGCAAGAUCUGAACCAGUAGAUUGUGUCAAUUUUGUUAUUUACAAAAGCAACAGUCUUGGUGCUUCUAAAUCGGUGAARGAACGUCCGAGUGACAUUCUUUUAUUUUCUAAUACUACCAAUCGCUUUAUUUCAACAUGUAGUACCCUUUAUGAGUACUCUGAACGUAAAAARGACAAGUURAAAGACCACGUARCUCCAUCUUGCGAGUGUCCUCCUCAUGAUAGRCAUCUCCAACCUCGAAACCCUAUAAUUCCGGAGAAAGAAACUUUUAUCACUCAAUAUCCCACAGAUGAAGUUAUUGAUUAUUCGGCCAAAAGGGGCAGAAUGUACUACAAGACCCGGAAAGACGAUAUGGAAUAUCGUGACCAGAAAGAAGAAGAGGAGGAAGAAUGUAGAGAAGAACAAGAAAGAGCUAUUUGUGAGAUUGGAAAAGAUGGAAGUGCAAAAGUCGACAAACCUUUAACUUUGUGGGAAAAAAUUGUUAAUUAUUUCAAGGCAAGGCCUUGCCCUAGCCCUGAGGAGUUUAGAAAGAUGAGAUUGAGGGAAGAUGCAGAGAGAGCUGCCUCAAAGGCUGGUUUAUGCUUAUAUGACCCUAAAGAAAUGUUGAGAAAGAAUGAGAAAGAGUUGCCAAAGGUAAUAACGGCGUCGUCGGUGAGAGACGAAUGUCAGAAAUAAAAGGGAAGUAGAGAAUUAUUUGUAUUUAGUCUUUUUGUUUUGAAUAUAUGCUCUCAGAUAA